UGACAGUCGUUCUUGGCAAAUCAACCUUGUGCUUGUUGGGGGGCAAGCAACACUAUUGAAAUCGUGGCUGCUUUUUAUACAAUUUCUUGCAGGCACUCGGAAGUAGUGAUGAAUUCCACGAAAACCAGGCCAUACAUCGACCUUAUCGCUGCUUUUGUACGUGGAUCUUUCGUAUGUGAAACACUACCUAGCACAAUUCGUCAACCGUGACACAUCUAACGAGUAUUCUAAUCUGUUUCGAAAUGUGCUCCACAUAACCUUGACUUACGAGAUGAGAAAUUCUCCUUCAGACUCUCGACUCCGGACACUCAAGGUCACAUUCUUUGAGCUCUCUAAGGGUGCUCUGCACUCACAAGUCAGCAGCAGCAAAUAACUCAUUAUUAAUUAUUCUUACCGGUCCAACGUCACCAAACUCAUGCAAUCGACACUACGUGAGGCGUUGUUCCGAUGCUUGGUUCACCUGAUUCUCUUGGUUGACAGUCGUUCUUGGCACACUGGUGGAACCUGUGGUCAGAAUAUGCGAUGGGGUGCCACCGUAACCGGAAUUAUUUAUCCUCCGUUUAAAUACCGUUAUGAGUUUAUCGGGGGUAACCGUCUUUGGAGUGUUCCUAGCGCACCCAAUGUGUGGAGUUUCGCAGCUCCGCUCGUUUUAAAACCACAGUGCAGGUGAGCCUCUUACAAAGGCUUUCCUUGAUGCUAUUUGUCUAAAGACACAAGCACCUUCCGCAAAUCAUAUUCCAGACUUCAAGAGAAGGUUCUGUCUCUGGGCUGUAAAUUAAUUAAAAUCAAUACACGAAAACUUUGUGCGCCAUGAUUUCUUACAUUCGCGAGAAGCCAUAGCUCGAGAGUUUAACGAAUGUUAUGGUCUAUGAUACACGGUAGCAAAUGCGAGGAAUAGGCACCAGGCUGCAUUCAGCUCAGAAAGGUCGAAAUCAGCUUGCACUGUGAGUGAUCGUCGUCCGGAGCACAUCAUGUAACACCGCAAUUUGGGGAGUCGUGAGAGAAAAUGGCGAAUGGCCACACAACUGCGUAGUGGGGAGCGACGACUCUUGCCGAAAUUCAAGUUCGAUAGUUUGUGUCAAUUGCCGUCGACGUUGUGGUGCUGGAGGGCUUGGCAUCAUGGUGGCUCAAAAAGAAGACGUCCUGCUAAAGGAUGGGAAGAGUGAGCUCGACCUUGGAAUUGAGAGGAGUAUCCGUCGCUGUGAAGAUCUUCUUUCCAUGGUCCCAAUCUCUUUGCAAUCCACAUUUGCUGAUGGAGCAUUCAAGAGAGUUUCGCUCAGAAAAGAUGUGGCAGUACCGCAGUUCGAGAGCAAAUUAAGCGGACUGGAGUUUGAGUGGACAAGGAACAUGGGGCUUCUCAGCGGCAUGAAUCCUUCCACGGUGGAUGAAUCCGACACACGAAGUAUUGACGAUUCGGCCUUUUCGGAGAAACUUUUGGAGAAGCCUCAGAAUCGAAUGUUGAUAUCAGCACCGUCAAAAUCCACAAGCAAUUCAUCACUAUCCAGUCAGCAGGUCAACUGUACACCACUGCAGGGUGGAGUUAGAGGCGCAACCGAUGAGGUAUUUCUUAAGAAGAUUCACGUUAAAAGACGGUGCGCUCGCAGCAAUGACGGACUGCACACCGUCAGUGCUUCAGAAGAUUGGACAGUUAAUUUUUCUGAGACAUCAGGGACUACCACCUCUACUUCUCUGAGUGGAACCCAGAAUGACCACGGCGUUGAAUUCGCGAGGGUCGAAGGUGCCAAAGAAUCCUCUCCAAAUAAGGAAAGUGAGAAGCAAACAAAAAGUGGAAUGGGGUCGUCAUUUAGAAUGGAGAAAAACGACAAGAAAACUUUCCUAAUUUGCGGUGAAGCGGUUCAAAUGGAAGAUGUGUCCCAACUUAAACCGCAUCUACCGUCAAAAACGGUCAGUCCAACUGAAGGGGGUGAGGCAGAAAAACUUGGUACAAGAAAAGUUGGCAUAUCCAUGCACUCGAACACAAGCAGAAGCUCUGAGGGAACGUUCGAGGCUCCCUGUUUCACGAGUACGAGUCCAAAGAAUUGUGAAGAGGCUUGGGAGUGGCUUGACAAGCGUUCUAAUGUUCAGAAUAUAUUGCCAUCUGAUCUCAAUUAUGAAGGAGGCAUCAUACAUGAAACUAAUCUUGAAACCUCAGAUAAGAAAGUUCAGCAUUUACUGCGGCCACGGUUGCAAUCCGAUGGAAAAAUCCUAGAUCAGUUGCAUCUGUCUCUCAAGUCUGCUGAAAAGACAGCCACAUUAAAACCAAGAGGAACCACAACCAAUUCAAGACGGACGCAGGAAAUGCCUGCGAUGGACAGAGCAAUUAGGUGCCAAGACGGAAGGCAAACUUUGUCCAGAGAAUCACAUAAAUUGGGCACUACAGAUGGGAAACUAAAAACCCACGUUGCAGCGAUGGCAAGGCUCAGGCGGCUGGCAAAACCUCGAACUGCACUACAUCAGCGGUGUGCACAAAUCAGAGCUUUGAAGGAAGAAGAACAGAUGUCUGAGUGCUCGUUUAAGCCUAAUGUGGGAAGGAGACCGAGUCCUGGCUCACCACUAUUGGUGCCCAUCUUUGAUCGCAUUGGUGAGAUGAAACAGCGAAUUGAACUCCGGAAACGAGCACGAAAAAUUAUAGAAAAGGAGGAAUUGGAACAGUGUUCUUUCAGGCCAAAAAUCAACUUAACCUCGGUGUACCUGGAUAAGGAGGCAUAUCAGCCCAUUCAAGAGCGACUUCAAGAGCUUCUGAGGAAAAGGCAUGAAAGAAUUGCUUUAGCACGAGCCCAAGAUGCUAAAGAAAAAGGACUCACUUUCAAGCCCGCCAUUAACAGAAAAUCUGUUCGCCUAUUCAAGCAGAAAGGUUUGGAAGCGAUCAAAGUUUCCGAUCGUUUGUCCAGCAGCACACCAUCUCCGUCCGAUGGACAUGGAGACUGUCGGGCAAGAAAGUACAGGCCAAAGGAUGAGUGCACGUUCGCCCCAGAGAUAAACCCCAACACGGAUUAUAUACUGUCCGGGUCUGCACUCGACGGAUUUAGCUUUUUGACGCGUCAGCAACAAUUCCUGCGUAGACUUGAGCAAAGGAAGAAGCAGAAGGAGAUGGAACUGCCCUGCGGUCACACAUUCCGGCCCAACAUUGGAAAUGCGUCUAUGAUUCUACAAUGUUCUACUCUGCAAGAUGGCAAUGAGAAAACGCUUAAUGAGAGAUUGGAACGACUUUCUCAUAGAGACAAUCAACGACGUUAUUACAUUCGCCAAAAGAUUUCAGAUAACUACUACUCGCAAUUCAAGUUCCAACCAAAGAUUGAUCAAAUGUCAAAGAUUCUUUCUGCAUCUACAAACCUACAUGAACUUUACAAGAAUGAGAAAGGUAAGCGGACAAAGGAAGCACUUCAACAAGCUGCAGAGCAAGAAUUUGUGCAAACGUGCACUUUCCAUCCUGAGGUAAACACACGUAAAUCAGCAAUCUCAGUGGAUAGUGUUCUUCGAAAUCGUCGGAAGUUUCGCGAGGAUAAAGCGAAGAACUUUGAACAGCUCCGGUUGCAGAUGGAGAUGCAGGAGGUCAAGGAAUGCACAUUUAAACCUGAUGUUCAUCCAGUGCCUCCCAAAGAAAAAGAACCAGUGGUUAUCAAAGGCUUGGGACGCCAUCUAGAGCUCCAGGAUCUAGCCAAACAAAUGAAGAAGGAGCAGGAAGAAUGGGAGCGCAAAGUCUUCCUUACCCGUGUACAUGAUUUGCCAAAACGACAGUACACAAUACCUAAGCCAUUCACUCUUCAUAGUGGACGCACUACUCAGAAGGUUACAGCACCACAAAAUGACAUCAACAACCUUCCAGCCACACCAAAGACCAUAUGCUCGAGUGGGUCAGAUCAUGCUGAAAGCGACGGUAACACCAAAAUAGAUAGUUGCAGUAACAUGUCAAUAUGCACUUCCUCUUGUGAGAAAAGAGAAACAGAGUGCAAUACCUUGUAA